AUGCUGUCACGCAACUUUAUCAUUGCCGCUAUUCUGCUCUGCAUUGGUGUUUCCACUGCCCUGGACUGUCGCAAAUUUUCUUUUGCACCAGCCUGUCGUGGAAUUAUGCUGAAACGAUCAUCUGACAAUUCUUCAGAGCAUCCACUUUCCGAAGAGACUGCUCUCUUGGUUGGUUUUCUAAUCAAAGAAGCGGAGAGUAUGGGAUACACAGAAUGCGUUCCCGUUCGCCUCAUGGCGAGAAUCUUCUUCGACUUGGAGGAGAGAAUAAUGAACCGAGACAAGUGA